GACAGCAGGAUUUGGCUUCAAAUAAGGACUUCCUAAAGAGAGGCACUUGGGAGAAGAGCCUGGCUAUUUGCUGCACAUAUAUAAAUCGUCCAAUGCUUUUCUGAGAAGUGCUGGAUUGGACGAGAUUGUGGGAGAUGUCAGCUGGAAUGGUGAUUGAUGCUGAGCGUGUAGCUGCAGCAAAGGUCUCCACAGUGGAAACGAGAUUCAAAAUCAAAGGUAUCGACGCAGAAAAAUGGAGAUAUCCAAGUACAGCCAUCCACGCCAAUCCUUACUUGAUGCCAUCCAUCGCUUCAACACAGCUACAACCAUAAUGGACGAAACUAUUAUGGUGCCAAGCAUGCUGCAGGACAUGAUUCCAGAGAGUGAGGAAAAUGAAGAUCAUUCAAAGUCUACAGAAAUUAUUGAGCACAAUAACCUGUAUGACUCAUAUAUUCUACUUAAAUCUCUGAGGCAUGAUAUGAAGUGGGGGAUCAAUCAAGAAUGCAAGUCUACAGAGGAGCAGUGUGCUGAGGAAGAAACUGGUGACCUCGUAGAACAAUUUCAACAUCACUUUCGGGGUCUCCUGUCUGUCCUUACCAAGCUCACCAAAAAGGCGAAUCUUCUGACCAAUUGUUACAAGAAGGAAAUUGAAGUUAACGCUUCAAGUAACAAACACUUUUCUAGAAGUAUCUCUUAUUGAGGCGUAAUAGGCCACAUUUCAAAAGAAGUUAAAAUUUAAGUGACCUUGUAAUUCAGGAAGUUCUCAUUUUUGCCAUACUCCUAAUCUGCCUUUGUUCUCGUACUACAAUACAGUGCCACAUGUGAAGGUGGUAGCUUUGUCAAAUACUGGCAUGAAAGUGGAACAGACCUCUGAGGAAACCUGUUGCACAAUAUUUUUGAGUAGUAGAUUUAUAACCUGAGAUUGCUUGUUUGCAUUUUACCUGCACCAAGCGGUGACUAUGGCUAAAGGGAUUAAGACCACUUUAAAAAGUGGAAGGCAAGACUUUCUGAAACGUAUACAACAUGAAGGUGUUGGAAAAAGUGCUAGGUGUUUAGUUUCUCAAUGAAACCUACCAGGACUAAGAAUGGAUGUGCUGUCAGUUACUCUCAAUUGCCCAAGGAAUAAGCCCAUACGAGCCAUUUAAAAUGAGAAUAUGCAUUCAUUGAGUCUUUAAUCGUGUUAACUAAAUUUGAUUUGUGUGUAGAUCUAUUAAAACCCUAACUCUGCUAUGCAGUCACUUCUUGCAAAUCCUGUCUUGUUCAGAUGCAUUGCUUUCUCCCAGCCUACUAAAGAGUUGCAAUUCUACAGAUGUUCCAAAUUCUGAGCAUUGAAAGUGGCCUGGAGGAGUUCAAAAGUUUUAAACUCUGUAAACAUGCAGUAACCGAAAUCUGUCUAGCAACAGCUGUUUUUAAGUAGCUAUGGUAAUAUUUUUCCACUCAGGAAACCAAUAAAACACAACCUUUCCUGA